CUCGCCGCCCUCCAUGUUGUUUAAAUUAUCCAGUUUGCCGGUUUACGUGGAGGCAACGUUGGUGUUGCGAGAUGUCUGAAAAUCGUAAGGGAUACCGAUACGGAUACGCAAUCGGAAUCGAAAUGAGCUAUACGAACCUCCUGCGCCAGCAAAACGUGGUGGACGACUGUCAGCGGGUGAGUUGCAACCGCGGUCCGGCGUCCAAUCUCUCAAGACGCUGUGUGAUCAGCCGGGACAUCGUGAUCGGAUGCAGGAUGGAACAAUGCGAUCCAGACUUGCCAUAUAUGCUGGAGCCCACGUGGAGUGUCUACCUGCGAUCCGGUCGUGAUGGCGGUGAUCUGUCCCGCUUCGUGCGGAGGGCCACCUUUAAGAUGUCGCCGCGACUGCCGCUGAGAUUACACGUGGCGGACAGUGCUCCGUUCGAGAUCAGCGAGGUGCUGGGCAGCGACUUUCCUGUGGAGGUGCAGGUGCAGUAUGUGGACGCCCGGAUGUCAGCCACCUCGUACGUAUUCCGACCCCGAGUGGUGCGUGAGGGGCAUGGCGGGAUCAGCGAGGAGGUGACCGACAAAAUGAUAUUCGUGAAUCCCACGCCCUCGAUGAGGUUGAGCCUCACACCCGUUUAUGUUCCGUGUGUGAGUGGUCCGCCCAAGGCCAGGGUAUCCUCCGAGUCCCAGUUGGAGCGCCCCGAAUCGGAUAAAAAGGGUGAGCGGGAGGAACGGGAUCGGGAGCAGGUUGGCGAUGUGGCACGGCAAACGCAACCGCACCCCACUCUGCUCAAGAAGCGCCUAAGUGUGGGUGAAAACUACCCUAACAGCCACCAGUAAAUUAUACUAUUCACAGCACCAAAAUAACACAUCAACACCUCAACGCCAAGGUCGGAACCGCCCAUUUUGUGUGUAUGCCUCAUCCUGGGGUGGUUCGCUGCU